UUUGGCGCCAACACUCUCUCAUCGGGUCCCCUGGACCAUCAUGUUGAUCUGCUCUAUAUCUAUUGUUCCUACUUCGUUUUCGUGAUUCUGAUCUAUAGUUUUCUGCCUGCGCUUGACGUUCUCUGCGAGCCGUCGGUUUUGGAUUGUGUCAACCCCGCCUGUCCUGUCUUAUCUAUCACCGCUCGAGUCGGACCGGCGAUAAUCCAAUUAUCUCACCCUCAAUCCCACCGCUAUACUUGUAAUGCCCUCAUCGCUUGAGUCAGCUUCAAAUUGGGAUUUCACUCCGGUGAUCAAUCUCCUUCGCACGCCGACCUACGGCACCGGUAGCCCGUCUAUUCCUUAUCGCCACCCUGAGCCCGUCCCCGUUGCCCGGUCUACUCGGGAGCCAAACAGGAACGAUGUCUUCGUCUCCGCUGCGCAUGCACGCGACGUAAGGCCCGGAGACAGUGGUCCUCCGCGGCUAGGAGAUUUUGGUGCUCUUUGGGAACUUCUGGGCAGUACUGGCAUUCCGUCCGCUCGCCCACAGGUUGAACCUCGUGAAGUCCCGCGGAGCACCCCUACUCCGCCGCCACAACCCACUCAACGGAUUGAAAUCCUUAAGCGACCUUCAGAUAAUCUUCCGGGCCCUGCAGCUUCGGAUCAGGGGCCCCUUCGCACACCAGCAAAGCCUAUACCUGUUUCCGGUGUCUCUAAGUCCCGUAACUUGCAGGCCAAGGUCACAUUCGGGAAGAGCGCUCAUAGUAACCGCGAUGCUACACUAAGUAAACGCACAUAUGAAUCCAGCACGUCUGAGAGCGCCGUGGAGGCUGAAUCCGACGGCAAUCUCAGCGUCUUUGAUCCCCCUCUGUUGAAGAAGGGAAGCGUUCUGUCGCUGGUCCCUCCGCAGAUAGGCACGGCGGGUGCCGUUUCUGAUCCAUAUGAGACUCCGCCAUCAUCCUUUGACGAGUCUAUCGAGACAUCUCCAUCGAAGACCCUGAAGAACCCUCCUAGCUCCAGCACCAUCCGCGUGCAGCCCAUCUCGUACAGAUCGGCUGCUGAUCGGAGGAUUGGUCUCUUGACCAAACUUCUAAAGAAUUUCCCCGACUACGCCGAUGCCGUCACCCAGGUGGGACGGCCUCCUUCCAAGAAGACGGAUGUUGCCUGUCGUCCUAUCCAUGUCUUUGUUGACAUGUCCAAUAUCAUGGUUGGAUUUCACGACACCGUCAAGCUAUCGCGCAAAAUCCCGGUGAAAACACGGAUUCGGCGAUUGCCUCUGUCGUUCCAGAACUUUUCUUUGAUCCUCGAGCGUGGUCGGCCCACCGCCAAAAGGGUUCUGGUGGGCUCCGACCGGUUUGCCGCCAUCACCGAAGGCGAGCAGCUUGGCUAUGAGACCAACAUUCUCGACCGGGUCCACAAGGUUAAGCACAUGACUCCUCGUCAAAUGAGGUUCCGCAAGAAUCCGCGCGCAGGCGCCCACGACCCCGGAAGCGGUUCAGAAACGAACGAUGCACUGGGGGAACGCUGGGUCGAGCAGGGUGUGGACGAAAUUCUGCAUCUGAAGAUCCUGGAAAGUCUGGUGGACACGGAUGACCCGGCCACCAUCGUGUUAGCCACGGGAGAUGCGGCGGAAGCCGAGUUCUCGGGCGGGUUUAUGAAGAUGGUGGAACGGGCACUGACCCGGGGAUGGACGGUGGAGCUGGUGAGCUUCAGCCAGGUGACCAGUUAUGCCUAUCGCCGGAAGGAAUUCCGCGCGAAAUGGGGGGAUCGGUUCCGGAUUGUUGCAUUGGAUGAGUACAUUGAAGAGCUGCUUGACAUGUAGUAGAUGACUUAUCUGCUGGCAGGCUUGUUGUUUCUUGGUUGCUGAUAAUUUGCUGGUGCCUUUAUGGUUAGCCAUGUACCUAGAUAGUGCUUAUCACAUGGCUUGAUAUUGACUUGAGUACCGGCUUGUGUAGUGACUAAUUAAUAAUCUAUCCGGCUGAGCUUCUAGCUUGGCUAACCUAUUAA